AGGAAAAUCAUUAGAUCCUCCCACCCCAGCAAGGAAAGGGGGCUUUUCUGCGGCAGUGACAGAUGAGGAAAUUGAGACAGGAGAGUGAAAAGGCGAGGCUACAGACCUUGAGGGCUCUCAGCUGCUGUGCCUAGUUCGCCAGCAGGCGCUGGAGGUUCAGCGAAGAGCGGGACCCGACCCAUGUGAAGCCGUCUUCUGCUCUACGGCCGCUAGAGGGCACUGGAGUCUUCGCGCAGUGCAGUCCGCUCACGGGUUCCAGGCGGGUCCUCAACACCUCACGCCCUCGGCCACGCCCCCGCCAGUCAUGGUCACACCCUCCGGCCCAGAAGGCUCUGCAGGGACCAACCCUUCGCCUCGGGAGCAGAGUCAGGAUUGCCCGUCCGCCUGCAAUAUGAGCGCCCCCGCCGCGACCCCCAUCUUCGUGCCUGGAGAGAACUGCAGGCCUGCGUGGCUGGCGGCGCCCGCGUCCUACGACGCGUCGGACAUGCACCUGCAGAUCCUGGGCAAGCCAGUGAUGGAGCGCUGGGAGACUCCCUACAUGCACGCGUUGGCGGCCGCCGCCGCCUCCAGAGGGGGCCGGGUCCUGGAGGUGGGCUUUGGCAUGGCCAUCGCAGCAACCAAGGUGCAGGAAGCUGCCAUCGAUGAGCACUGGAUCAUUGAGUGCAACGACGGUGUCUUCCAGCGGCUCCAGGACUGGGCCCAGCGGCAGCCACACAAGGUGGUUCCCCUGAAAGGCCUGUGGGAAGAGGUGGCACCCACCCUACCAGAUGGUCACUUUGAUGGGAUCCUGUACGACACGUAUCCGCUGUCUGAGGAAACCUGGCACACGCACCAGUUCAAUUUCAUCAGGGAGACACAAGUGCCGGCGCUGCUGGAGUCGGGCUUCCGCCGGGAGAACAUCCACACACAGGUGAUGGAGCUGGUCCCGCCUGCUGACUGCCGCUACUAUGCCUUUCCCCAGAUGAUCACACCCCUGGUCACCAAGCACUAAGUCUGGUGCACCACCCUCUGAGUGCCUUCAUGGCCAGGAGCUCAGGCUCUGGCUUCAGCCCAGCUUCUAGUUGAAGCAGCACCAGCUGUAAGACCCCAGCUACCUUCCCUAAUCUCUGCAAGAGUACCAGUAUCAGCCUUCUUCUGGGGUCACAGGGAUGAAAUAAAUGUAACACUAAGCUGGCCAAUCAGCACACAUUGCAAAA